GAACGCAGCCCGACGUCUCCGUCUCCGUUACUGGACGUAACUUUGAGUGAACUGAACGCAGCCCGACGUCUCCGUCUCCGUUACGGAACUGUGAGUGAACUGAACGCAGCCCGACGUCUCCGUCUCCGUUACGGAACUGUGAGUGAACUGAACGCAGCCCGACGUCUCCGUUACUGAACGAGGAAGUCCCGAGGAGUGGGCGCGACACCGCAUAUAUAACCGCGCUCCUGCAUUUCCUCCGUUUUCACUCCAAGGUCCCCGCGUCUUACUGAGCCGCUCAGUGUAUAUAUUCAUCAGUGCUGUUGAACCAUGGCGUGGGAUGGAUAUAUAACCAACCUGAUGGCAGGAACUCCUCCCUUCGUGGAAGAGGCAGCGAUCUGUGGGUCUGAGGCGGGGAUGGAGUCGGUCUGGGCAGCAACACCUGGAGGUCAACUGGCCAGUGUUUCUGCUGUGGAGAUCAAGGCGAUGAUGUCAUUGGAUCGUUCUCCUCUCUUCGCCAGUGGUCUUCAUCUCAGUGGGAACAAGUGUACUGUCCUGAGAGAUAAUCUGCACACCGAAGGGGACCACACUUUAGAUGUUAAGAUGAGGCCCACUGCUACUGAUACCAACUCCUACAGCAUCACCAUCGCUAAGAGUGGCCAGACGCUGAUCAUUGUUAAAGGGAUGAAGGACAUUCCUGGAGGAAAGAUCAACAUAAAGGCCUCCGACAUGAUGCAGUACCUGAGGAAGAGUGGCUUCUAACCCCUGACCUCUACCCCCGAACCUCUCCCAUGACCUCUCCCCCAUGACCUCUCCCAUGACCUCUACCCCAUGACCUCUCCCCCAUGACCUCUCCCAUGACCUCUCCCCCAUGACCUCUCCCAUGACCUCUACCCCCUGACCUCUACCCCCUGACCUCUCCCAUGACCUCUCCCCCAUGACCUCUCCCAUGACCUCUACCCCCUGACCUCUACCCCUGACCUCUACCCCCUGACCUCUACCCCCUGACCUCUACCCCCAUGACCUCUACCCCCAUGACCUCUCCCCCUGACCUCUACCCCCUGACCUCUCCCCCUGACCUCUACCCCCAUGACCUCUCCCCCUGACCUCUACCCCCUGACCUCUACCCCCUGACCUCUACCCCCUGACCUCAGUGCUGGUGAAGUUGCCUCUAGAUGCUGAUCUUAGGUCUAUGGAUUAUAUCCUAGACCCUUAUAUCCUAGACCCUUACCCAGGACAGGACUAGGGAUUAUAUCCUAAACCCUUACCCAGGACAGGACUAGGGAUUAUAUCCUAGACCCUUAGAUCCUAGACCCUUACCCAGGACAGGACUAGGGAUUAUAUCCUAGACCCUUACCCAGGACAGGACUAGGGAUUAUAUCCUAGACCCUUACCCAGGACAGGACUAGGGAUUAUAUCCUAGACCCUUACCCAGGACAAGACUAGGGAUUAUAUCCUAGACCCUUAUAUCCUAGACCCUUAACCAGGACAGGACUAGGGAUUAUAUCCUAGACCCUUACCCAGGACAGGACUAGGGAUUAUAUCCUAGACCCUUACCCAGGACAGGACUAGGGAUUAUAUCCUAGACCCUUACCCAGGACAGGACUAGGGAUUAUAUCCUAGACCCUUACCCAGGACAGGACUAGGGAUUAUAUCCUAGACCCUUACCCAGGGCAGGACUAGGGAUUAUAUCCUAGACCCUUAUAUCCUAGACCCUUAUCCAGGACAGGACUAGGGAUUAUAUCCUAGACCCUUACCCAGGACAGGACUAGGGAUUAUAUCCUAGACCCUUACCCAGGACAGGACUAGGGAUUAGAUCCUAGACCCUUACCCAGGACAGGACUAGGGAUUAGAUCCUAAACCCUUAUAUCCUAGACCCUUACCCAGGACAGGACUAGGGAUUAUAUCCUAGACCCUUACCCAGGACAGGACUAGGGAUUAGAUCCUAGACCCUUACCCAGGACAGGACUAGGGAUUAUAUCCUAGACCCUUACCCAGGACAGGACUAGGGAUUAUAUCCUAGACCCUUACCCAGGACAGGACUAGGGAUUAUAUCCUAGACCCUUAUAUCCUAGACCCUUACCCAGGACAGGACUAGGGAUUAUAUCCUAGACCCUUACCCAGGACAGGACUAGGGAUUAGAUCCUAAACCCUUAUAUCCUAGACCCUUACCCAGGACAGGACUAGGGAUUAUAUCCUAGACCCUUACCCAGGACAGGACUAGGGAUUAGAUCCUAGACCCUUACCCAGGACAGGACUAGGGAUUAUAUCCUAGACCCUUACCCAGGACAGGACUAGGGAUUAUAUCCUAGACCCUUAUAUCCUAGACCCUUACCCAGGACAGGACUAGGGAUUAUAUCCUAGACCCUUAUAUCCUAAACCCUUACCCAGGACAGGACUAGGGAUUAUAUCCUAGACCCUUACCCAGGACAAGACUAGGGAUUAUAUCCUAGACCCUUACCCAGGACAGGACUAGGGAUUAUAUCCUAGACCCUUACCCAGGACAGGACUAGGGAUUAUAUCCUAAACCCUUAUAUCCUAGACCCUUAUAUCCUAGACCCUUAUAUCCUAGACCCUUAUAUCCUAGACCCUUAUAUCCUAGACCCUUAGAUCCUAGACCCUUAUAUCCUAGACCCUUAUAUCCUAGACCCUUAUAUCCUAGACCCUUAGAUCCUAGACCCUUAUAUCCUAGACCCUUAUAUCCUAGACCCUUAUAUCCUAAACCCUUAUAUCCUAGACCCUUAUAUCCUAGACCCUUAUAUCCUAAACCCUUAUAUCCUAAACCCUUAUAUCCUAGACCAUUAUAUCCUAGACCCUUAUAUCCUAGACCCUUACCCAGGACAGACUUCACCCUGGAGCCUCAGUGUUCUUUCAGACGAUGAUGAUGGUGAUGAUGAUGAUGGUGAUGAUGAUGAUGAUGAUGAUGAUGAUGAUAUGCAAAUGAACAAACCUGUGAAACUAUCAUUGUGACAAAUAAAAUAAAGAUUUAUUAUAAGAAAA